UAAAAGUAUACUCUUAUUUGAAUAAACUAUUUUGUGCAACAAGCAGCAUUUUAAGCGUCUCCGGAGGAUUUUUGCAGUAAAUUACAUUUCAUCAAGUACUCAUAUUCUGAACUAGAUACUUCUUAUAUUGUGACUAUGGAUUUUAAGGGAAGCACCAUCUGACACUUUCUAAAGCUUGCUGCAUAUUCAUUGGCUGAAAACUACAAAAUAAUUUAGAGGUAGGAAAUUAUUUGUUUUAAAUACUUCUAUCUUCUUACUGGUAACGUGCUUCAGAUUAUUAUACAACCUUAUUAACCAAUUAUCAUGCUCAUUGAUUAUAUACAUUUGGUGUAUAUCCAGUGUCAUUUCAUCUAAUUAUAUUUGUCAUGUAGUUUUAUCAUUGGAAGCAUCCAGUGAUACUCAGUGAUACAUAAAACCUUUUGCUCAAAUGUAUACGGUUAGACAUAUUUAUGUAUAAAUAUAAAUAAAUUACUCUGAUUAGUCACUAAAUUCAGGAAUUAACAUUUGGUGAUCUCUUAAAAUGUUCUUGACCAUGUUGCAUAGAUAUAACAGAAAACAGAACUCUGGCAACUGGAAAAUUAUGUAAUAUUGCAUAAUCCCCAAUAAACAGUUAAUAGUCUGAUUUUAUUUCACUACCCCCGCCCCACCCAAAAAACCACACCCUACAUUCCAUCUUUUGCCAGUCUACUUUGCUGAAAUAUUUCCCCUGCUCUGGAGAAAUGGUGAUGUCAGUUUUGCUGUGGGGGAGGAUCAAUGCUUUUGGGAAACAAGAAGGUAGUUCAGGUAGUGGUGAGGUUGAUGCCUCUUAUAACUAUCAAAGCAACUCCAUUCUAUCAGUGCUGGCAAAAUGGUGUGCCAGCAUUUUAUUUCAUCUUGGUGGGUUGGAAAGGCAUGCUGAGUGGAGCUGUUUUAAUUAUUUCUUUUUUACAGUUAUAUAAAACCUUUUCCUCCAAGGAAGUCAAGGUGGUGUACAUGUUUUUCCGCUCCCCAUUUUAUCCUCAUAACAACCCUGUGAGAUAAGUUAGGCUGAGAGAUAAUGACCGACCCAAGGUGACCCAGUGAGCUUCAUGGCUGAAUGGGGAUUUAGGCCUGGUCUCCCAGGUCAUAGUCCAACACUCUUAACCAAUACACCACACUGGCUAUGUUUUACUAGACUAGCACCCCAGACGCUGUUUUAGUUGCAAUGUUGCAUGCCCUUGUCUUCAUUACUGCCACUUAUGUGAGGAUCAAGUUAUUAGUCUUUUAUUUAGGAGUAAGAGUAAGUUGAUUGAAGUAAAUAAUACUUUUGACCUAUUCAAUCAACGUGACACAAUUUUCAGUUGUUUUUCACAUGCUAAUAGAAUCAGUUCAUUAACAAAAAUGAAUUCAACAUCAGAAGAAUUGAAUAGCAAAUUAGGAAGCAUGAGAACUGGGAAAUAUAUGUCAACAUUUAAAAGCUAAUAUUGUACGGCCAAAUCUAGAUAAGAAAAAGAUGAGAUAUGAGGAAGCUGGACUUGUAACAAAGGAGAGUGUAGGUGAACAGCCACUAUAGUACCAAAGCUUGAGAAGAAAGAAGUAUCGUCUUCUUUUUGCACACAAAAAGUAAGCUUUUGACCUCAUUAUCUUCAUUUUUGGAAGGGAAGGUGUUUAAAGUGAAGUGGAAAAGACAAAGGGGAAAGUUGCUAAGGAGAAAAGAGAAUACAGCCUUAAAGAAGUGUCCCUCGGGAGCUGUGGUAUAUUGGAUUUGUAUGAAGAACGGAAGGCAGAGUGUUGUGUGACUAUAUUACGAAAAUGUUGUUUAAUAUGCUUGGAAGGAUUUCACUAAUAAUGGUAUCACAGAAAGUUGUAAGAUCAGAGCCCUAGUAAAUGCUAUAGAAGUCUAGAGAGCUUCUUUAUAAAGAAAUAAUAAUACAGAUUAUUUAGAUUAGGAUAUCAAUUUUCUCAAGUCACCUCAACAGCUGAAUUAGGAAAUAUUUUUUUCAUUUUUAGCAUUUGAGCUUGUACAGUAGACAUUUACUUUGAAGAUAGAAUACAGUAAAAUAAAUAUAGCUAUGGUCCCAAUAUUGUCUUUAAAUUGAUUUAAUAUCUUAUCUUUUAAUGUUGAGAGGGAACUACUAGUAGUUUUGCAUGCAUUAUUGAUAUUUAGAUAAAAAGCAUGCUUUGUGGUAUUUGCCAGUGAAAACAACUAACUGCACAGUAUUGUAGUUUUAUAGUUUUAUAUUUUUAACUCAUAAACACUUCUCAGCUUGACUUUAAAUAUAUUCUGAAUUAGAAUAGCUAAACAUAUUUCAUAAUUCUGGUCCUAUUGCAAUAUCAGAUCAUAUUCCUGUUUCUUGGUCCAUUUUAUUUUUGUGUAAUGUCUCCUUUUGAAUUAACUGGAAACUGAGUAUUAGAUACUUUUAGUAUUAGUAGCAAGACAUGAAAUUUCUAGUGUCAGGGACAUCAAUUCAGCAGUGGCUGUACAUCAGACUUUAUGGGACAGGCCCAGCUAUAGAAAGAAGAAAACCAUAAGAGAAUAGAUUUACAACAUAAUCCUAUACGUGAUUACUCAAAAGUUGAAUCAAAUGGAUUUACACCCAGCUAAGUGGGUUUAGGACUGCUGCCCUAAUGUCCUGUGCGAGACCUACUCUUGAUCUCUGGAGAAACUUAAGAAAACUAAAAACCACAUUUAACUCUUUCCACAUCUUGAAGAAAUGAUUUCUCUUAAGAAUGUUGCUGACCAACAUUGUGGGAAGUCAGCGAUAAAAAGAGCAGAUUACUGGUACAUCAACUGAUGCAAACUAAAAACAUGAAUCAUAUACUAAAUGUUAAAGCGUCAGGUAAUAUUAUUGAUAGGGUAAGAUUUCCCUUGGUUAGGAUCCAAACACUUCUCUGCAUCUCAUGUAAAUGUCCUGUUCAUGGGCAAGAUGACUGAGAUGGUCAUGUACAGUCAGCUUCAGACGUGCUUGGAGGAAGCAGUGGGUUAAACAAGGUAACUGUCAGGAGGAUUUUGGUGAAACGUGGGUUAAACAAGGUAACUGUCAGGAAGAUUUGUAGCUCCUUGACUGACCGAACCCAAAGAGUACUCAUUAAUGAUUCCUCACCAUCCUGGAAAAAAGAGACAAGUGGGGUGCCGCAGGGUUCUGUCCCGGGCCCAUUGUUGUUCAAUGUCUUUAUAAAUGACUUGGAAGAAGGAAAUGAUGGGAUGCUCAUCAAAUUUGCCAGUGGCACCAAACUGGGAAGGGUAGCUAAUGCCACAGAAGACAGAAUCAGAAUUCCAAAUGACCUUAACAGAUUACGGAACUUAGGCAGGAAGAACCAGACGCACAAAUAUAGGACGGGGGACACCUGUCUUACUAGCAGUACAUGUGAAAACGAUCUAGGGGUCUUGGUGGACCACAACCUUAACGUGAGUCAACAGUGUGAUGCAGCAGCAAAAAAAGCUAAUGCUAUUCUAGGAUGCAUCAACAGAAGUAUAGGGUCCAGAUCAAGGGAAGUAAUAGCACCAUUCUAUUCUGCCUUGGUCAGACCACGCCUAGAAUACUGUGUCCAGUUCUGGGCACCACAAUUUAAUAAGGAUGUUGACAAGAUGAAACGUGUGCAGAGGAGGGCAACCAAGAUGAUCAGGGGUCUGGAAACUAAGCCUUAUGAGGAACACUUGAAGGAACUGGGCAUGUUUAGUCUGGAAAAGAGAAAACUGAGAGGAGAUAUGAUAGCCAUCUUCAAAUAUCUUAAGGGCUGUCACAUGGAAGAUGGAGCAUGCUUGUUUUUUCCUGCUCUGGGUAGGACUCGAGGCAACGGCUUCAAGUUACAUAAAAGGAGAUUCUGACUAAACAUUUGGAAAAACUUUCUGACAGUAAGAGCUGUUUGGCAGUGGAACAGACUCCCAUGAGAGGUGGUAGAAUCUCCUUCCUUGGAGGUUUUUAAGCCAUCAGUCAUGAAUUCUUUAGCUGAGAUUCCUGCAUGGAAGGGGGCUGGACUAGAUGACCCUUGGGUCCCUUACAACUAUGGUUCUAUGAGUCUAUUAUUUCAUUCUAGCUUCAGGCCUGAGUAUGGCACUGAGGCAGCCUUUGUUACACGAGUAAUCAUCUUUAUCAGGAGAGAAACAGGAGGACUAUGGCCUAUCGCUUAUUGUUGAUUUCCUGGCAGGUUUUGAUAUUACUGAUAUUAUUUGUAAACCACCCUUCAUCCGAAGAUCCCAGGGUGGCUCAUACAAAUACAAAAUGAGAAAACAAAGUACACAAUAAAACAAAAACAAACCAAUAACCGCCCCCCCAACAGUUUUAUAAAGCCAUAGAAUAUUGAUCAGCUGAACAACUGGUUAAAGAGAAACACUUUCACUUGGCACCUAAAGAUUUUAAUGAAGGGGGCAAGCAAGCCACCCUGGGGAGAACAUUCCACAUAUGGGAAUUCCACUGCAGAAAAAAACUGUUCUCAUGUUGCCACCUUCUGGACCUCUUAUGCACAGAGGUGCUUUCCAUUAGCUUUGGCUGGUGGCCCAGAUACAUUGCUAUCUGGAUAGGGAUAUCCUAACUCAUGUUGUCUAUGCUCUAGUUAAAGUAACUUUCAGGUUAGAUUAUAGCAAUGCAUUAUACAUAGGGUUGCCUCUGAAGACAGUUCAGAAACUGGUGCAGAAUUUGGCAGUCAGGUUUCUCACUGGGGCAAGAUAGUUUGAGCAUAUUACACCAAUCCUGACCUGACUGCACUGGCUACCAAUUAGUUUCCAUGCCCAAUUCAAAGUGCUGGUUUUGACCUGUUGUUGUUGUUUAGUCGUUUAGUCGUGUAAAUACUUCCCUGGACCUCUGUUUCCUUUAUCCACUCUUUCCACAGAUGCCUCUCUCAGAUCAAGCAGUGGGUGAGCAGCAAGAAACUUUAGUAUAUAUUCUGAUCCCCUGCUUCCCAGCACUGCCUCUGAACUCUCUGACCUAAGCUUCCCUAGUUCCUGGGAUCUCUUCCAAAUCGUCUUCUAAUCCUCAACCUAUUACUUCUGUCUCUAUAGCUGGAGUGAAAUUUUAAUCCAAACCCACAACUUUCCCUUCUACCACAGAAGCUAAACUAUGAAUAUUCCUUUCCUUGCCAUCACUUUAGUGCUUGAGCUGUUGAGAAACACGUGGAAAUAAAUGCCAUUUGACAGUUAUGCCUGUAUAUUUCUCUUAGAACCAAACUACAUUAAAUUUCUGAGGCAGUAAAUAAUUUUUAUAUGGCAUCUUUUCAGAAGACCUGUCAUAUAGCUGGGUUACAUCAACUGUGUUUAUACUGCCAGCAAGUCACAAAGUUUCCUUAAAGGAUCUUUUGCCGCAACUUCCUUUCCUUUCCACUGGACACCACAAAAUAUAGCUUGUAGUAAUGUAUUUCUCCCCUAUUAUUUAGCUUACUCUUUCAUCUGCUCAGUAGUUGUACAGUAUAUGUUUUACAGUUUAAAUAGAUGUGCAGUAUGCUAUUGAAUUUUGAAAGGUUAGAAACAAAAAAAAUAUUUAAAAACUGGGUGGCAAAAGAAAAAAGUUUCAGAAUAUAUCCUUAUCUAUGAACUUCCUCAACACAAAACAUGACUUACAAACCUCUAGUCUCAUACACUUACAUACUAAAGUAAUGUAUUUAAUGUAUAUGUCAGGAUACCAACAACCAAAUAAUUAUUGUGCCAACAAAAAUGUUUAGGAAGGGAAAUAACAAACAUUUUAUGUCAACAAAUCUUCUCCUCAUACUGCAGUGGCAAGGUACCUGAAAGAAAGUGGCCAACACAAGCAAUGGGGUGAUCCGCAAGAACAGGCAAUAAAAAUGUCAAAUUAAUACACUUUUUAGGACAUUUUGAUUCAUUUAUUUUUGCUGUGAAGAGUUCAUGUAUUAUCAUCAACAGUUCUUAGGUUUGCAGUUGAGCUCUGAAUUAUCUGGAAGACUUGAAAAUAGUUGCUAGUUAAGAGGUAGCAGAUCUCUUUCAUAUUUAGCUAAAAGUAGUUGAAAAACAUUUCAACUAUUAUAUAAUAAUUUACCAAGAAAUGUUCUGAUUCAAACCAUACACAGUAUUUUAGCCCCAAGCCUAAAGUAUGUUUUAGUCUCAAAACCGUACAAUGGUUAAUUCUCAGACAAAACAAUAUUAAAAAAUGACAACAUAAUUUUGCCAAUUACACAACAGUCUUAUUAAUACAUUUUGUUUUGUUUUGUUUUGUUUCCACAGGAUAUCUGAUCAGAACAUGAAUAUGGGAAUCCUGAGUCAACUGUUAACUAUCACUCUCCUCUUUGGAGUCCCAGUGUUCUGCCAAUAUGACUAUGAGGAUGACUAUGAUAAUGAAAUGGAUAAUGAAUAUCCAUCCAUUUUUCAUCAUAUUCCUAGCAUAGAAUACGCCAUUCCUUAUCCCAGCACACCUGCUCAGUGUGCCAAAGAAUGCUUUUGCCCACCAACUUUCCCACUAACAAUGUACUGUGAUAAUCGUAAACUUCAGACUAUACCGAGAAUUCCCAGUCACGUCCAGCAACUCUAUCUACAGAAUAACGACAUUGAAGCUGUGCCUGUGGAAUCCUUUGUUAAUGCUACUGCCCUGAAAGAAAUUAACCUCAGCCACAACAAAAUUAAGUCUCACAUGAUUGACAUAGGUGUCUUUGGCAAACUUUCAAAUCUAGUACAACUCCAUUUAGAACACAAUCUGCUGGAAGAAAUUCCAUCCCCUCUACCUAGAAGCUUAGAACGAUUGCUCCUCGGUUUCAAUCAGAUUUCCAGGUUGCCCAGCAAAGACCUAGAAGGUUUAGUAAACAUGACUAUGCUUGACCUCUGCAAUAACCACCUUGAAGAUUCUCAACUGAAACAAACACAUUUUUCAAAGAUGAAAAACCUAAUGCAGAUCAACCUCUGCAGCAACAGACUUCAAUCAAUGCCUCCAGAUCUACCAUUUUCACUUAUGCAUCUUUCCCUUGAAAAUAACUCGAUUUCUCUCAUUCCAGAUAAUUAUUUCCAGAAACUUCCAAAGCUUACUGCUAUAAGAAUGACACACAACAAUCUGCAUGAAGUUCCUUAUAAUGCUUUUAACCUUUCUAAUCUUGUGGAACUCAAUCUUGGGCACAAUAAACUAAAGCAAGUAUUCUACAUUCCAAGAACCCUGCAGCAUUUGUACAUAGAAGACAAUGACAUGGAAGGUUGGUUGAAUUACUAUUUUAAAGAGUUAUUUCUGUAAUGUAAUCCUUUGUUUUCAAUGAUCUAGUCUCUGUAAAGUUAAUAUUAGUUUUUAACCAUUCUUCAUACUGUUAGCUAUGCAUGGUGACAGAGAAGUUAGAGCAUAAAUGGUGGAAUAUCUACCCUAUUCUUCUAAAAUAUUUUUAGAAGAGCAAGGCAAAGAAGUUAGAGCAAGGCAACGUAAUAUUAAAAAAUGUAAUAUAUUUUUUAAAAGUGCUAAGAGGAAGGCAUGUUUGGCAAACUCUCACUAUGAUCAACUCCUGCCCAGAAACCUAUGUCCCCACUGUGGAAGAACGUGUGGUCCAGAAUUGGCCUCCACAGUCACUUACGGACUCAUGGUUAAGACCAUGUUCAUGGAAAACAAUCUUACCCAGCUAUGAGUUAUUGCCAAAGAAGAAGAAGAAAUUUCCUGUUUGAAGUAAACAAAAUAAAUAAAUGGAUAUAUGUAGACCAAUACAAGUUUCUCAUGAUCUCUCAGACUGUUGUGUAAGACCAAGGUAGAUGCGUAGAAGGAAACAAAUGAGAAACUGGAAAACUUAAUGGUUUAAAAAAUAAAAUAUGAACUGAAAACCACAGCCUUUCCAGCAGCCCUGGUUUCUGUCUUUGGUUGAGUUGUGGUUGAGUUGAUUAAAGCUAAAGUUUGAGUGGGCAAAGUUGAAGUCAAAUUAUUAUUAUUAUUUGCUCUUACUAGUUGCUUCUUCUUUACAAAAGUAAAUAAAAAUCAUGACAAGACAGAAGUAAUAUUAGUAAAGAAAUCUGGUUCUUUGCAAGAGAUAGGCUUGCUAGUAAUCACUGGGUUAUCUAACCCUAUCAGACCAAGCAUAUAGCUUAUUUCUCCUGAACCUAGUUUUAGUCCUAUAUAAGCAGGGGUCUUUAAUAAAAUACUUCAUCCAAUACACUAGCUGCAGCUCAUCUUCUGAUGGGCCUAAGAUAUUCAGCCAGAAUUGCAGCCAUUGCAAUGGAUUAUAGAGUUGUUAAAGGUGCACGUGUUGAGGUUGAGGUCUGUAUGUACCAAAUAGGACAUUUUUUCAUGUAUGAGUUGCCUUGCAUCGAGGUAAAAAAGAUUAGUAGUAAGAAAAAGGUAUUUUUUGCUGGUAUUGCUGAGGCUCCCCCAGAAGAAUUUCACCAAUGUUCCUUCUGUUGUUUUAAAAGAAUGUAUUUGUUCAGUUUCAAGUAGAAAUAACUUGAAUGGCAUAUAGAUGAAGGAUCAGGUGAGGACAUAGGAGGAUUGCACAGACUUAACAUUUCUUGCAAUGUUUCCAUGUCAUUCUGCAACAUUGACAGGGGUAAUGACUCUAUUGGUAUCUGCAGGGAUCCACCAGUUGUGGAUACUACAUCUGUGAUCAGACUGUAUCCAGCAGCUGUCUAAGCUAUUUUUAAAGCUGCUUUUUUAGUAUUCAUUGAGAAUUUUAAUUAUUAUUGGAUUGUCUUAUGAAUGUUCUAAUAUUGUCUAGCAACUAGAGUGAAAUAUAGCACCUUAUUGUCAGCAUAUGUGAGAAAGAUUUGAUUUUAUCUUAUUUUAUGUGAAAGUUUGAAUAUGCAUUUGAGACAAUACUGUACUGCAGCAAAGACACAGGGGGAAAAACAAAAUUAUUACUUUAUCAUCACUCAUGUAGCAAGUUGCAAACCUCACAUCCUUUAUGGCAUCUGUUCAAAGUUAUUCUGCAUGGGUUGUAAUGAAGAAAGCAACAUGCCAUGUGUGUUGUCAUGAUUGCAAGGUAAGACUGCACUCAGCCAACCCUGGUGGUAAAUGCUAUUGUGUGAAAAAUGAAAGGGAGGGGGGAGCAGCAGUCCAUAUACCUUAUUAUUCUACAAGCUUCAUCACCUGCUUAGCACAGAUACCCAUUAUUCCCAAGAUUCUCAUAUUCCCAAAUUGAUUCAACUCAGACUCCAUGCAAAACCAUAGUUUGCACCAGUCAUAGUUGAAAAUCUAAAGUACAUUUUGACCUCUAACUUACAACCAACCAACCAUGGUCUAGCACUGUUAAAUGAAUUGCUUUCAUUUAACAUCUUAGCAUUCUGUCUCAUAAUAGCACUCUUAUAUCCAUGGCGCAAUCUCUUUCAUUACUACAAGCUCAAGUUAUACAAUGUUAGUUCUUAGUUAAAUCACAGGUGGGGGCGGGGAGUCACAAAAGCUUGAAAGCAAAGAUUCCUACAAUAUAUAAGACUAAAAGCCUCACAGAAUCAUGUUAUAGUUCUUAAAAAACAAACAAAGAAGUUACAGUGUGAUUCUGUACAUAUCUACUGAGAAAUUAAGUUCCACCAAGUUCAAUGGGGCUUACUCCCAGGAAAGUGGAUAUGUAAUUGUAGCUUUAUAUUGUUAAAGUGAAGAAGUGGUUUCAUCUUAACUACAGGUAGUCUGACAUAACUAAUCAUAAAGUUCUAUACAUUUCUACUCAGAGGUAAACAUCACUGACAUCAAUGAGACUUGUAUAAUGUAUCAAUGUAUCAGAAUCCACUCUUAGCAGUAAAUGACUACAGAACGAAAAAAUCAGCUCCUUUUAAAGCAUUCCUUGGUUGGAUUAUACUGAGUACCAUUUUUGCUUCUAUGAUAGCAAAUCAGCAUUUCAGAAUUAAUAGUUCCACCUUUUUAACACAUUGCUUUAUCUUUUUACAGUAAUCAAUGUUACCUUAAUGUGUCCUACUAUUGAUCCACUGAACCUCAAUCACUUAACCUACUUACGAGUGGAACACAACAAGCUCACCACUCCAAUAAGUACAUAUGCCUUCUUCUGCUUUCCACAUAUACGCAGUAUUUAUUAUGGUGAACAAAAAAUUGAUGCCAACCAGCAAACACAGCUGAGAACGCCAGUGUUCCAAAGAUAUUUAACACCAGAAGAGUAUGAAGAAGCAGAAGAUCACGAAGAACAAGAUCAUGAUCAUAAUCAAAGGGAAAGGGAUGAUGAUUACUUUGACCCUUAUGUAUAUUAAGAGGUUAUAAGGUAUAGUAGUAUUAUGACAAUUUAUUUUCUUAUAGAGAAAAUACCCAUUUAAAAAAGCAAACAAAAUCAUUUUGAAAAUGCAAAAUAUUUGUGGGAUUUGUGAAGCAGGUCUGCAUAUUUUUCGGCAUUUAUUUAUCAAAUUUCAACCUACAAUGAAAAAGUACUUCCCAUAUUUUCAAACCAGACAAUGUUGGAACAGAAAACGAUUCUAAAUAUCUUACCUACCCAAUUAGAAACUUUCAACUAUAUAUACAAACACACAGUAUCAACUUUGCUUGUGUGAUAUAUUUCUAGCUACAGAUAUCAUUGAACUUACUGUCUGCAUUAUGGAAUAAUGACAUUCUCAAAUGAGAAUAUUAUUUUUCCUAGGUACGCCAUAUAUAGUACAAGUUAAAAGCAUGGUCACAAUCCUAGGGAGGCCAGUGUAAAAGUCAUCACUGAUGUAAAAGGACCUGGACGGGACUUUAAGAAAAUGUUAGGAUUCCAUUAUGAGAACCAGCUACAAUCAAAUAAUUAAAAGUCCACAAUUACAACAGGUUUGGCCAUAAUUCAAAUUUUGCCGCUUUAUAAAUACUUUAUUAUUCAAAUAUAUGCUCAGAAAAACAUACUGCAACAAUAGUCAGUUAAAAAAGAAGGCUAUUAGAAAUGUGCUUCUAGUGUAAGUUUUCUAUAGGGUGCUUAGUGCAUUUAAACUGGAUCUAGGAUGUAAUCUGCCCCAGUGUUCACCAACAUUCAAAUGUUUAAUGUGAACAUACAAAUACAAAACCAGAACUAGUUUACAUUCAAUUCAGUGACAAUACAGAUCAAUUAUGAGAGCAGAAUUGUCUUUUUAUGAAGCAUCUGGUAAUUCUUUUACUCUGCUGGCUGGUUCCCAUGGUUUAACACUAUGUAACCAAGUCUCAGAGGGCCCUUGGGCUUGCAAGCUACCCUUGCUCCCAUCUCCUCCUCUUGCACAGCCAAGAGGAAGGAGUUCUGUCAAUUUCCUUUCAGUUUCAAUAAUCUCAAUUUAGUUUAAUGUGCAAACCAGGAAUCCUGGUUAAAAAACAAACAGCAGUUAAGCAAGGCAGCUUUAUAACCCAUGGUUUCACAUUUUCUUGUUUAGCAAUUAACAUUUUUUUUUGUUUUGAACCAGGAUCUGUUGCAAAUGGAAGAGGUUUUUCUGGGGUUUGCUGGUGGCUCACCCACGAAGUGCUAAACCAUAGACUUAGCAUUACAAUCAUACCUCGGGUUACAGACACUUCAGGUUGAGCGUUUUUGGGUUGCGCACCACGCCGAACCUGGAAGUACCAGAACAGGUUACUUCUGGGUUUCGGCUCUCGUGCAUGCGCAGAAACACAAAAUCACGCUUUGCGCGUGCACAGACACAGCACUGCGGGUUGCAAACGUGUCUCCCGCAUGGAUCACGUUCGCAACCUGAGCAUCCACUAUACAUGUGAACCAACCCAGCAUUUCCUCUUUGUACAUAACUUUGUAACAGACAAGUAAUUAUGCAAACCUGAUGCUUGUCAGCAACACACAUAGAUUGAAUUAUAUAAGCAGCUAGAUUGUAACUAUGUAAUGUUUAGUUAGCUAUAUAUCUAAGCAUUUACAAAUAAAUGUACAAUAUACUUUAAAAUGUAACAGAUUUCUUCUAGCAGAUUAUCUAAAUAAAGUUAUCAG